UGUAGCUUAAAAUGUUAUUUAAAUUUGAAUUGAGUCUCGGAGAGCUAACAUGUUCGCUUGGACACUAAUAGUGGCACUUUUUGUUUUUGGCGCGGCGGAAAAUGAAAAAGCCGACCUUUUGCUAGUACCUACAAAGUGCGGACAAGCCAAUCCAAAUGCUUUGAAAGUGGACUUUAAUAUUACCGAUGGUCAAGCAAAACCAGGCGAAUUUCCGUGGACCAUAGCUGUGAUUCACAAUGACAGCUUAGUAGGUGUUGGCUCUUUAAUUGCCCCAAACGUAGUUCUCACAGCGGCCCAUCGGAUAUUCAAUAAAGACGUGAAGGAUCUUAUCGUCAGCGCGGGAGAAUGGAAGUACGCAGAUCCUUUGGAAAAAUAUCCAAUUGAAGAGGCGGAUGUGUCAGAAAUGGUUAUUCAUGAGUUGUUUGAUUAUCGGAAAGGAGAAAACAACUUGGCGCUGCUCUUCCUAAAGGAUCAUUUCCCAAUCACAUUCAAGAUUAAUACCAUCUGUUUGCCCACCCAGAGAAGAUCGCAUACUUCCACUCGCUGUGUGGUGGCUGGUUGGGGUAAAAAACGGUUCAGCGAUAAGAAACAAACAAGCAUCCUGAAAAAAAUUGAUUUACCGAUCGUACCCAGGGAUGCAUGUCAGGAGAAGCUGCGAAAAACCAGGCUGGGCCCAAACUUUACACUGCCUCGUGGGUUGAUUUGUGCCGGUGGCGAGAAGGACAUUGAUGCAUGCACCGGCGAUGGUGGUGCAGCUCUUUUCUGUCCAAUGACCGAGGAUCCCCAGCAGUUUGAGCAAAUUGGCAUUGUCAACUGGGGCGUGGGUUGUAACGAAAAAAACUUUCCGGGGACUUAUACAGAUGUUUUUGAAUAUAAGCCAUGGAUUGAUAAGCAUUUGGAAGUUAAUGUAUAUUUACCCGAUGAUAAUUAAUAUGCAAUUAUAUAAUUAUUUGAAUCCAAAAUAUAGUUCAUCCCACUUCUACUACUUCUAAA